ACUACUAUAAACAUACUGAAGAAGUCCCUGCGACACAGCGAGACCACGGCGAUCGCACUCACGGCCAAGUUGGAGAACUUCUAGCGUGCGAUUAAAUUUAUUUUUUUUGUUCUCCGGUGAAAAAACACCCCUGAAAACUUUGGGGAAAAAAAGAAAAAAAAAAAGUUGGAGUUUCAGCGACUCUUUUGCCUCUGCGACUUUUUUUUUUUUCUCCCUCUCCUCCUGAAAGUUGAACCCUCUCCUGAUUUUUUUUUCUCUCGUUGUCGUCCACAUGGGAACGUAUUUAACAAAUGAGGAGGAAAACGCCGUGAGGAUUAUGUUUUCACUGUGAGGUUCAACGCCGUCGAGUAAAAAAAAAAACCCCAGAAAAAGAAAAGAGGAGUUUCUCCAGCGGGGAGCAGAGAAAACGGCAUGUAGCGCAAAGACCAGGGCACCCGUUCUUCCUCGUCCUCCUCAUCGUCCUCCUCCUCCUCUCCGGAACAUCUUUGGGAAUGGGCCAGCGCCUUGCCAGGGUGCAUCUUUCCACCCGGUGGUGUGGCUGGCGUCGUGCGAGAGUGAGGAGGGCAGCGGCCAGGUCGUAGAGCCCGCCCACCCCUCUCUCCGCUUGCUCGCUCCCAACUGACUUUUGACCUUCGACACAGCCGCGACCUCCAGCCAGCCAUGCCCUUCCGGCUGAAGCUGCGGCGCACGCGGCGCUACAACGUCCUGAGCAAGAACUACUUUGUGACACGGAUUCGCCUGCUGGACAGCAAUGUGAUUGAAUGCACUCUGUCAGUGGAGAGCACGGGACAGGAAUGUCUGGAGGCGGUGGCCCAAAGGCUGGAGCUCCGGGAGACCCAUUACUUCGGGCUGUGGUUCCAUGGGAAGACCCAGGCCCCGGCCCAUCGCUGGGUGGAGCUGGAGAAACCCCUCAAGAAGCAGCUGGAUAAGUUUGGCAACGAGCCGCUGCUCUUCUUCGGAGUCAUGUUCUACGUGCCCAGUGUUUCCCGGCUGGAGCAGGAAGCCACCAGGUAUCAGUAUUACCUGCAGGUGAAGAAGGAGGUGUUGGACGGGCGUCUCCACUGCGGAGUGGAGCAGGGGAUCAGACUAGCUGGCCUAGCAGUACAAGCCGACUUCGGGGACUUCACUCAGUUCAUGUCUCAGGACUUCCUCAGGGAGUACGUGCUCUUCCCCGUGAACUGGCCUAAUGGAGACGAGGUGCUGGAGGACUGGACCCAGAAAGUUGCAGAGGAGCACAAAAGUCACUGUCGAAUGCAGACAGCCGAGGCAGAGCUGCUGUACAUCAAGGAGGUGGAAAAACUGGAUGGCUUUGGCCAGGAGAGCUUUCCUGCUAAGGACAACUACACCAACGAUAUUUUCAUCGGUGUGUCCUUCAUCGGGGUGUUCGUCAAACACAGAAAUGGCAGAUCCAUUAUGCUCCACAAGUGGAAGGACAUCGGCACCAUAGCGCACAACAAGUCAGCCAUCACAGUGGAGAUAACGAGCAGAGACGACACCAUCAUUUUUCACAUGGAGGAUAUGGAAAUGGCAAAGUACAUCGCCCGUCUUUUCACGGCCAGACACAAAUUCUACAAACAGAACAAGAUCUGUGCAGAGCCCACGCACUCGCCUGCGCCAAUCAGGAGGAGACCCACCUGGACCCACCGCAUAUCUCUGCCGCGGCCCCAGUCCUGUAACUUCCAGUCAAUGCAUUCCCAGUACGGGGAGCAUUAUCAGGACACGCAGAGCUCUCAAGAUAGUAUCUUCCAUGACGACCCCUACUACAAGUCAGAGACCAGUUUGGACCGCUGCCCGGGGGACUUUCCCUUCCGCAACGGCACCGUUCCCAAUGGAAGCAUGUACAGCAGCCCCAGCCUGAGCUCCCUCAAUCACUCCCAGACCUUCAUCCCGCCCUCGCCCAUGUCCUCCAACCUCAGCAUCCCCGGCAGUGAGCUCAUGCGCCCGGAUUACAUCCCCAGCCACCGCCACAGCGCUAUCAUCGCUCCGUCCUACCGGCCCACGCCUGAGUACGAUGCUGUCAUGCGGCAGAAGCGGCGGAUGCUCCCCGCUCACCAUGACCUCCACAGCCAGUCGCUGCGCAGUCUGAACAUCAGUAAUGCCUGUGCUUAUCGGCAGCCUGAGGCUUUGGUGUAUAGCCAGCCAGAGAUGAGGGAGAGGGGCCCUUAUCAUGGCCUGGGGCCCAGUCCAGGACCGUACACAUCACAGAUCAGCUACAGCAAGCCUGUGUCCCAUGGCCCUCAUCAGGGAGGACCAGCCAGCAGCCAGGGCCCCUGUCACUCACCCUGUGUUAAUGGAGGUGGAGGCAGUGGUGGGCAUGGAGGUGCAGGAAGCUCCAUUUCUCACACUGUCAGCACACCCGAGCUGGCGAAUACCAAACAACAGGGGACUAAUGCGGGAAGCUAUGCUGCUACAGCUAACAUGCUCCGAAACCACAUGUCACGCCCUCCUCCACCAUACCCCUCUAGCUCCUUCCGCCCGGCCACCAGCACCCCGGACCUGGCCAGCCACCGUCACCGCUGCACUGCGGGCAGCAGUCCGGAGCUGGUUACCCGCAUGGUGCAGCUGUCGGUCAAGACCUUCCAGCCGGACAGCUCGGCUGUGGUGCACCAGUCCCUGCAGGAGGUUAGCGAACCGUUAACUGCAGCUGCUAAGCACCGCUCCACCCUGGGCAAAAGACACAGCAUGGAGGUGAUCAGCAGCAUGAGAGGAGGUGGAGGAGGAGGGAUGGAGGGCAUGGUGAUGAAGGGCAUGAAUGCUCCCCUUCAUCGGAGGAACACUCUCAGAGAACACGUGAUGCCCCCUCAGCCUCAAUCCAUCCCUCCACCCCAGCCGCAAUCCCCUCAGCCACAGCCCCAACCGCAGCCUCCACCUCCACCUCAGCAGUCGCAGGAGCUCCCCAUGCAGAUGCCUGCCCAAAAAGCACCUGAUGCUUCUGUAGCGCCAUCUGGGCCAGUGGCGUACCAGCAUCAAAAGACUCUCUCCAAUGCGACCAUGCUCAUACACAGUAGUGAGAGUGAGGAAGAGGAGGAGGAGGAAGAGGAGAGGCCUGAGCUGGAUGUUCAAAUCCCAGGACUCAAUGAGGACAUCAGUGUUCAGCUCCAGGCUGCUCUGGCCAAGCUGCCCAACAAACCCCCUCCAGAGUACCCUGGUCCUCCUCGACACCCUAACAAUGCUCAAAUCCGCACCCACACCCACAAUCAGAACCACACCCACCACCACAACCAUAAUCAAGGACCCCAGAGCAACCAGGGACCAAUGGACCCAAAUCAAGCCCAGGGCCGUGGGCUCAAAGCUGGGCAGGGCCCAGGUGGGCCUGGAGUUGGUGGUAGUGGUGGUGGAGCAGGUGGUGGUGGGACACUGACCCGUGGAGACCAGGGUGGGGUGAAUGGAGCAGUUUUGGGUCCGUCCAUUUCAGAACCGGACCUGACCAGCGUGAAGGAGAGGGUGCGGAAGGAGCCGGUCAAAGAGAGGCCGGUGUCGGAGAUGUUCUCCCUAGAAGACAGCAUUGUGGAGAGGGAGUUCGCUCAGAGGACGCUGGAGAGACAGAAGAUGUCCGUGGACUCAAUGAAGAGGCCGCUGAUGAUGGCCGCCCUCAACGGCCUGUACGUGGCCCGAAUGCCUGUCCCGGAGAGUCCCGCAGAGGAGGGCGGCAAGUCCGCCACAGAUGAACGGUGUAAGACCUUGGAGCUGAAGCUGGAAGAGGAGCGGGUCUUCACUGAGUACGAGCAGGUUCCCAAGAAGAGGGCGGACUGCGUUCUCACCACGGCAACUCUGCCCGAAAACACAGAGCGCAACCGCUUCCGCGACGUGGUUCCGUACGAGGAGAAUCGGGUUGAACUUGUGCCAAACAAGGAGAACAACACGGGCUACAUCAAUGCCUCUCAUAUCAAGGUGAUGAUCAGAGGGGAGGAGUGGCACUACAUCGCCACCCAGGGCCCGCUAGCCAACACCUGUGCCGACUUCUGGCAGAUGGUGUGGGAGCAGGGGGUCAACGUCAUCGCCAUGGUUACCGCCGAGGAGGAGGGCGGCAGGUCCAAGAGUCACCGCUACUGGCCCAAACUGGGCUCGAAACACAAUUCGGCCACUCAUGGCAAAUUCAAGGUGACCACCAAAUUCCGCACCGACUCGGGCUGCUACGCCACCACGGGGUUAAAGGUCAAACACCUGCUGUCUGGCCAGGAGAGGACGGUCUGGCACCUGCAGUACACCGACUGGCCUGAGCAGGGCUGCCCCGAAUAUGUCCAGGGAUUCCUCUCCUACCUAGAGGAGAUCCAGUCCGUGAGGAGACACACUAACUCCAUGCUGGACACCUCGAAGAGCCUCAAUCCACCUGUGGUGGUGCACUGUAGCGCCGGGGUGGGUCGCACCGGUGUGGUCAUCCUCACUGAGCUCAUGAUCAGCUGCCUGGAGCACAAUGAGCCGGUUGAGGUUCCCACCAUGUUGUCAGGGCUGAGGCAGCAGAGGAUGCUGAUGGUGCAGACCAUCUCCCAGUACAAGUUUGUCUACCAGGUCCUCAUCCAGUUCCUCAAGAACUCCCGCCUCAUUUGAGUCUGGCAUCUUGAAAACUUUGACCUUACGCGACGUGGCAGAACGGCACCAGAUAAACGACAACGGUACUUCAGAUUAGCACAAGGACUGUAACAAGAAAUACAAGUACAACUUCUAGCUGGUUGGAACAGAUUCAUGAUGAGUUUUCUAUGUGGCAGUUUAUGGAAAUCUUAGUGUAUUUUCAUAUAAACUCACCUCAUGGGAGGAAAGAAUUCGAGUUAGCCUGUAUAGAAAUUGACCAUUUCUCCUAAUCAUUGUAUUCAGAUGUUCUUUUCCCCCCAUUGGGUUUUAUUCUUGGACCUGGUCCUUCUGUAUUGAGACUGCAUGUAUGAGGUGUGAAUGUGUACGUCUGUUCCCCCCAGUGUGUGUUCUGAGAAUUCAAAAAAAUCAGUCUGCUACAUUUCUCAUUCAUUAUUCUGCCGUUAUUAGAAACAGCACUAUGCUGCAUGAACAGUAGGUGGCAGCAGUAUUAUAACAUUUAUUUUUCCUCUACUCUGAAAGAGUUUGCCAAACAAAAGUAUUCUCUGAAUCACUGUUCUAAAAUGUUCCUUUAUUUUUAACAGAGUAUUGAUUAAUACAGCAAAUAUUUACUUUGACAUUGUAACAAAUGUUUUUAUUUAUUUCUAUCAAGAUUGUUGGUCACCUUUGCUAUUGAUCGGAGGAGCAUCGAGGAUCUUUUUUCCCCCAUCAUUUGUCUUAAUCACGACCUUAUUUUCCCGAAAGCCUUCCUUGUCAGUGUCAAAAAAGUCUGCUCCCAUCUUCUUAUGGAGCUGAUAUAUUUCUAUUGAGAUUCCUCCUCCUCUUAAAGAUGCACAAAGUACAUUUUCACAGUAUUUUGAAUCACAGCAUCUUGUGAUCAGGUGUGUCUUUGUCACAUUUCCUAACCUAAAAGCAUUUCAAAUGACUAAAAAACGAGUUUGUCCAGUAAAUUUGAAAUAAUUUAUGAAUAUAAUUUCACUGUUUGAGACGUGUCCUUAUACAGCAAAUACUGUACAUACUCUAUCAUUGUGCCUUAUCAAAACAUGAGACAAGGAGAAGCCCUCCUGGCUGACAUCCCUAGCCUUGUGGUUUUUUCCCUUUCAAGGAUUAAAUCUUUAAAUCAGUAUUUAAUGUUUAUUAAUUAGAACAACACUUCAAAAAUUGUUUACCUAACUCUUAAGGUAAGGAUUUUGGCAGUAGCAUAAUGCUGAUCUCUUGGUUUAUUUCUGAAGGAUAAAAGUAUAAAAGUGACAUUUCCCCAAGAAAUAAUGAAAACAAAGGCAGACAUUUUUGAAAGUCUGAGCUGUACCUGACAAAUUUCAAUGUUGCCAUGUUUCUGGCUCCAGUUGAAUCAAAAUACACUCUGAAGAAUUUCCCUUUUCAUGUUAAUAUACUUUUUUUUUUUUUUUUUUUUUCUGAAUCGUAAUGAAAAGUCAGCCAUGUCCAAAGUAACUCUGUACAUAACGGGCAUGUGAGGAAAAGAUUUCUACAAAUGUUUUAUAUAGAUUUUCUUUCUUUUUUUUUUCUCUUUUUUUUUGACUUGGUACCCUCAAAAUACCGCAACAUAAUAAACUAUGCAUGCGUUUUUAUAUUUUUAAUGUGUAUAUAUAUUCUCAAGUAAGUAUAAGCUUUAUGCUCUCUUGACAUUUAAGUGUUUAUUGCACUUCUGUUCUUUUUGUGACAGUAUUUUUUUCUCACACGGCAUUCCACUCUUUGUUUAUAUUUAAUUUUUCCCCCCUCAUUUUAUUUUUUAUUUUUUUGGCAAAACUUCCAAAUACCUUUCAAAGUAUGUGUACAUAUGUUUUGUAUAUGCGUUUUCAGUGCAUCAAGUCUUUUGUUUUUCUUUCCCCAGACAUUUAUGAAGCUGUCAUACUUGCUUAUUAUGCAAUAAAGCCUUAUUUUCUUUAA